AUACUGGGACACAAAGAGGAAGUCGAUUGCUCGCUGAUAAUGUCCGCAUCUUGGUUAAAUUGAAAGAGAAACUGAACGACUUUGACGCUAGCUCAGUAAGUUGCUAAAUUAAGAAAAAUACAUCAAAGCUAGCCUUAUACAAUAGUCAGCCAAAUGUGCUUGUUGUAGUGCUAGCUAAUACUGCAGGUUGAAAUAAUCAAAUGUACUUUAAUUUAAACAACAAUUGCCUAUCCCUCCCUCUACCUAGUUGAUUACAGUUUACCUGUCGUAUAAUGUCAACUGUAUCUGAAGAGCCAGUGAGCUCUAUUAACAAAUAUAAGGUACGUGGCCAUCAUAAAAACACCUAAAUUAGCCAGAAUAGAUUUCGAGCCUACGCUUUCUUACAGCGGCACUGGGUCUGACCGGCUUCUUGUUUAGAUUGAAACCACAGAGCCAACGCGAGAAAUGGCUCGGAAAAUGUACCUCAUUCCAGGAAUGAGAAAUGCAUUGUACUAUGAAUUGGCCUAUUAUCCCAACUGUUACACCAAGAAGAUUGAACGACUUCUAGUGUUUUAGAAGUCGUUCAAUCGUAUUUGUAUAGCAGUUGGGACAAUUCGGAGUACAACACAUUUGUCUUCCCUGGAGUGAGGUAUGUUUUUCUAUCGUGCUUGGCUCUGCGUUGUCGUCUAAACAGGAAUCCUGUCAGUGCAGCUGUAAGCAAGCGUAUGGUCGGAAUCUAGUUAGAAAUCACCAUAUUUAGCUGGUAGGUAAUGCCGCCAUAUUGAAUGGCAUUUAAACAAUGCCCAUAUUAUUGUGUUACAGUCCUACUUAGCAAGCUAACUACUUACCUGGAGCAAAUGUAAAGGACCGAGGUUAGAAAACUCUUUGGUAUAGCUAUCUAUAUACUUGAUGUCUGGUCCUGUGGUGUAAUGCUACCCUCUCUUGGCCACAAUGCAGAAGGCGGCUGGAGGCUGCGUCAUGUGAAGGGGGACCUGUUCUCCUGUCGUGAAGAUGAGGUCCUGGCCCAUUGUAUCAGCGAGGACUGUCGCAUGGGGGCUGGCAUCGCUGUCAAAUUCAAGAAACAAUUUAGUGGAGUAGAUGAGCUGAAGAAACAGAAGAAGGUGCCAGGGCAAUGUGCUGUACUGAAAAGAAACAAGCGUUUUGUGUACUACCUGAUUACAAAAGAAAAAUACAGCCACAAACCUACCUAUGACAACCUACGGCAGAGCCUCGAGGACAUGAAGUCUCAUUGCUUACAAAAUGGAGUAACUGGAAUAUCAAUGCCUCGCAUCGGCUGUGGCCUUGAUCGACUGAGUUGGGAUAAAGUGGAGGAGAUGCUUAAGCAGGUAUUCCAGCCCACAGAUAUAAGUAUCACUGUGUAUACUCUCCCUGUAAAACCCACAGGGAAACAAAGUUUCCAUUGAUGUUUUCUGUAAACCAAAGUAAAUCAUGUUUCAGGGACAUUUGUUAUGGUUAUAUUCUCUAUCACCUUUUGUCAUAGGCUCCAAGCCUGUGUUUUUCAACUCUUAUGACAAUGGGUUUUGUGUGAAAUAAAACUCAGACAUAUUGUGUUGAUUGACACAGCGUGUAUUUUUAAUUGCCAAGUUUACUCAGCAUACGGAUAUGCACCUGUGCAAAGAUUGCUGAAAUGUUUACUUUCAAAUGUUAAUAAAUGAAAUGACAAAAUGUCGCACUUUACUUUAAGAAUCAUAUCCUUUACCGCCUAAUCUUUAUUUUACCCCUGUGUGUGAUGGUUCUCUGAAAUUACAAGUGCAUAUUUUCAUGUUAAUUAUGAUCCUUUAUUAGAGCUAUUCUCCACCAGAUGGGGGCACCAAUUAUAGUUUUCUCCACAUGGCUUCUGUGGUGUGAUCUAUACAGAUUUGUCAUAUGCUGUAAAUACCCUGUAAUGUACAAGUACCUUACAUGAGCAUGACUUAUGAAAACUAGAUUGUUAUUUUGCAGUAAUAAAAUCAAAUGUGUUGCAUA